AGGUUCGCCUGCCAGACUUACCCCCCUGAGAAGUUGUUCUAGCUCGUCCCUCGCCUCCGGACCCCCGAAUCGCAUCAUGACUUCCCCCACAAACUGUUCUACACUGUCCAGGUUCCUACAGUGCUUAUCCAGUCUGAGCUGCACCCAUUGACGGGCCGGUCCAAAGAACCGGGACCACACGAAUCGGAGCCAUUGCUUCUCCUCUGGCUUAGGGUCUAACAGGCUGGCGAAAUAGAAUUGACAGUCUACCAGAAAAUAUUCAGGGGCACCGAAAAAUCCGUCAAAUGGAUCAGGAAGCUCCAUAAAUGUCCAUUGUGGGAAGUGGACUGAGUCCAUUCGCGCUUAGAGCACGCUGCUUCAAGGGGGAAUCGUGACAAUCGUGAGGUUGUGAGUUCAAAUCCCAGCACUGCCAAGCUGUCACGUCUAGGCCUUAACCCACGAGAAAAGCCCUUAACCCAGGAGCAAGGCCCUUAACCCAGGAGCAAGGCCCUUACCCCAUGAGAAAGGCCCUUAACCCAGGAGCGUGGCCCUUAAUUCAGGAGCAAGGCCCUUAACCCAGGAGCAUGGCCCUUAAUUCAGGAGCAAGGCCCUUAACCCAGGAGCAUGGCCCUUAACCCAGGAGCAAGGCCCUUAACCCACGAGAAAGGCCCUUAACCCAGGAGCAAGGCCCUUAACCCAUGAGAAAGGCCCUUAACCCAGGAGCGUGGCCCUUAACUGCUCAGCUGUAAAUCACUCUGGAUAAAGGCAUCUGCCAUAUGCCAUGAAUGUAAAUAAUGUAUAUAAUGUAGAUGGUGCUGCAGUUUAUAGUUCCCCUGCUGAUUUAUUAUAUUUGCAGAUUAGUGAUAAGAAGGUGCAAGCAGGAUGGAGCUUGUUGUCGAUUCCGGACACCCGGUCUCCCCUCACCUUACACUGUCUUUAGAACAAGGAGUUAGCGCUGGCCAAUAAGCAAGUUCUCAAAGACGCUAAACUUUUGAUUAGGCGAUCUGGAGAACGUUCUAUAAUUUACAGUCUGAUCCAUCCAUCACCUCAAUCCAUUUCUUUAUAAAUAAUAAGCGGAAGGCUUCUGGUAAAUAUUUUGUUAUUGCUGUAUACUCAGUUCCCGGAAUACCUUACUUUGUUGACAGAUUGUCACAAGAUAACAAAGUUUAAACUUAAGGCUCAAGACAAACCCCAUAUGUUUGUCCACAACACACACACACACACACACACACACACACACACACGGUAUAAAAACCCUGCUGAAAUCCACCUCAGUGCCCGACGACUACAUCAACCUUCUGUGUGUAGAAUAAGUGAAGAUCUGAAGACUUCAGGACCGACGCAACACCUUCUGAGAUGGCGAACUGGAUCGUUCUGCUUGUGUCGUUUGCGUGCAUAAACCUGUCUCUGUCUGUUAGAGAACUGGAAUAUUCCACUCCCCAAAGCUGCAAAGAUCUCAAGCAAAGAUUUAAUAUCAAUCAAGAUGGUCUUUAUUACCUGAGCUCGCCCACCGGCGUCGUGUAUCAGACGUACUGCGACAUGACGACCGCAGGAGGAGGAUGGACUCUGGUGGCCAGCGUUCACGAGAACAACCUGUACGGGAAAUGCACCACCGGUGAUCGCUGGUCCAGUCAGCAGGGUGGAAGUCCGAACGUUCCUGAUGGAGACGGGUCGUGGAGUAACACCGUCACUUUCGGCAAUGCAGAAGCUGCAACCAGCGACGACUUCAAGAAUCCUGGGUAUUAUGACAUCACAGCGGAGAACGUGGCAGUGUGGCACGUUCCUAAUAACGAGCGAGUGGGUCGUUGGAAACUAACAUCAUUCCUGCGCUACCACACGGAGUCCAAAUUCCUCAGAAGCUACGGAGGAAACCUCUACAAUCUCUUCAAGCAAUUCCCGGUGAAGUACAACGCAGGAAGCUGUCCUGCUAACCACGGCCCCUCGGUUCCUGUAGUGUACGACGUUGGAGACGCCUCAUUCAACCACAAACUCUUCGGACCCCACGUCAGGGGGGAGACUGAGCCCGGAUUCAUCACGUUCCGAGCGAUAAACCACGAAAAGGCGGCGAUGGCGAUCUGCUUGGGAGUCAAACCCAAAGGCUGCAACACCGAACACAGCUGUAUAGGAGGAGGUGGGCAUUUUCCUGAAGCGUCUCCGAGGCAGUGUGGUGAUUUCGCGUCUUUUGACUGGGACGGUUACGGCACUAAUGCCGGCUGGAGCGCCAGUAAACAGGUGACCGAGGCGGCGGUGCUCAUCUUCUACCGCUGAGAGAGAACAUUCCAGAACAAACAGUACACAAUUCUCACAUCAGCCUUCAUUACUGCAUGACAGUGUGUGUGUGUGUGUGUGUGUGUGUGUGUGUGUGUGUGAGAGACUGAGCAAAAUGUUUCAUUACUGUACAAGUUACUCAGUCUUGAAGAAUUUAUUUCCACAUGCCUGAUGAAGGUCAUGUGAUUGUCUCUGGUCUGAUGUGGAAGUAAAUCCACACGUUAGUGUCAGUGUAACAGUGUAAUCGGUGUAAUAGUGUCAGUGUAACAGUGUAAUCGGUGUAAUAGUGUCAGUGUAACAGUGUAAUCGGUGUAAUAGUGUCAGUGUAACAGUGUAAUCGGUGGUAUCAGUGGUCGUACUGUAUGUAAGAAUGGGCUGAGAAUUGUGUAGCAGUUUUUAUUAAUCACCUGCAUUAUGAUGCAUUAUUACAGGGUUAGAAUCACACUAUCACAGUUUGCUCUUCUUAUUCUCUGGGAUUUAUCUGCAUUUAUUCCUAUCCGUGUCUGCUGGGGGGUGAGACGGGUCUGUCCUCCAUUCUGUCUUGACUCCUGAUUUUACGUUAUAAUAAAGUUAUGAGCAUUGA